UGUCAUUGUCAUUGUUUCAUUAUAUUAUAUAUUUUUUCAAACAAAUUAGAGGUUAAAAAGUCAAGAGGGUCAAUAUUUACUAGUUUGCACAAUCUAUUUCCAAAAUCACUGUAAAUAAUGUUAUUCUUUAAAAGUGGGCGCUACUCAGUGAGGCUUUUUAGAUUAUUCUCAACUCAACACCAAGGAUCAUCAAAGCCACCUUCAAGUUCACCUCCUCCUUCAUCUUCUAGUCCACCUAAGGUAGAUGUUCCUGGACUUAGCUCCAACUGCGUUGUAACUCCUGUAGGAGAAGUUGGACCGGGAGCAUCAAAAAGUGGAGCCUACAAGAACCCGGAAUACUUCUGCUACAACACUACAUCCUACUUUGAAGCUGAAGUUGAAAUGUUGAAGUACAGACUACCACAGCCAUCGGCUAAAAAGUAAACUGUAAACAACAUAUUGUAGAACUAGUCUUGUUUGUUUUGAAUCUGUUAAAUAAAAAUUUGCCAACACAAA